CCUCCUCCUCGCCUCCUCCUUUUCGCUCCCGCUCUGCGCCCGGCGCCGGGGCAGCUCCCAGCGGAGGCGCCGGGGCCAUGGGGCGGACCUGAGCCGCGCACGGCGGCGGCGGAGCCGGCAGCGGCGGCGGCAGCGGCGGGGCCCCGGCGCGGCGCAGCGGCGCGGCGGAGCCGAUGUCCAUGAGGAGCCCCGUUUCUCCCCACCUGGACCUCGAUGGAGCCGGCAGCAUGGUGAACUGCACCAUCAAGACGGAGGAGAAGAAGGAGGGCUGCUACGAGUCCCCGCCGGGGGCUGCCCCGAGCGCCGAGCCCCGUGCCAACGACCUGCCGGGGCCGCCGCCGAGAGAGGGCACCGACCCCCAGGCCCUGCCGCAGGAGUCCUGCUCGCCCGCCAGCGAUGCGCAGGAGUCCAGGCGCUCCGCCUUCGAGCCUGCCGUCAGCAGCCAGGAGAAGCUGGACUUCAACAGAAACCUAAAAGAGGUUAUGCCAACCAUUGAGAAAUUACUGUCCAGCGACUGGAAAGAGCGGCUGCUGGGCCGAAACACCAUGGAGUCCAAAGAAGUGAAAGGAACCCAGGAGAGCCUGGCGGAAAAGGAGCUCCAGCUACUCGUUAUGAUCAACCAGCUGUCCACGCUCCGGGACCAGCUCCUGACGGCCCACUCGGAGCAGAAGAACAUGGCAGCGAUGCUCUUCGAGAAGCAACAGCAGCAGAUGGAGCUGGCACGGCAGCAGCAAGAGCAGAUCGCGAAGCAGCAACAGCAGCUCAUCCAGCAGCAGCACAAAAUCAACCUGCUGCAGCAGCAGAUCCAGCAGGUCAACAUGCCCUACGUUAUGAUUCCUGCCUUCACCCCCAGCCACCAGCCUCUUCCCGUGACUCCCGACUCCCAGUUAGCUCUGCCCAUCCAGCCCAUCCCUUGCAAGCCAGUGGAUUACCCCGUGCAGCUGCUGCACAGCCCCCCUCCUCCCACGCUGAAGAGGGCCAGCGGCUCAGGCCACCUCCAGAUGCAGGAAACCUCGCAGCCACUGAACCUGACAGCCAAACCCAAAAGCUCCGACCUCCCCAGUGCCUCCAGUUCACCCAGCUUGAAGAUGAACAGCUGCCAGUCCCUCACUCCUAGUCACGGGGCCGCGAGGGACCUGCAGACGAGCCCUUCCAACCUGCCUUUGGGGUUCCUGGGCGAAGGCGACGCUAUCACCAAAGCAAUCCAGGAUGCACGGCAGCUGCUGCACAGCCACACCGGGGCCAUGGAGGGGUCACUGAGUAACCCCUACCGAAAGGACCACAUUGGGAUCGAUUCUUCCCCAGGAAAAGAGCGGAUGGAGGAGACCCCUGCCCAUAGGCUGGAUGAGGCCUUGUUAAGCUGUGAGAUGGAUGGCUCACGGCACUUCCCUGAGUCCCGAAACAACAACCACAUAAAGCGGCCCAUGAAUGCUUUCAUGGUGUGGGCAAAGGACGAAAGACGGAAGAUUUUGCAGGCCUUCCCAGACAUGCACAACUCCAGCAUCAGCAAGAUCCUAGGCUCCCGGUGGAAGUCCAUGACGAACCAGGAGAAGCAGCCCUACUACGAGGAGCAAGCCCGGCUGAGCCGGCAGCACCUGGAGAAAUACCCCGACUACAAGUACAAGCCCCGGCCCAAGCGCACCUGCAUCGUGGAGGGGAAGCGGCUCCGCGUGGGCGAGUACAAGGCGCUGAUGCGGAACCGGCGGCAGGACGCCAGGCAGGGCUACCUGAUCGGGCCCCCGGGCAGCCAGCUGCCCGCCGCCGCCUCGGAGGUGCUGUACCCGCGGCCGGUGGGCGUGCAGCUCACGCCGCCCCUCGUGGAGCACUACCUGCCCCGCGCCAUGGACCCCAACAUGCCCGUCAUCGUCAACACGCGCAGCCUCAAGGAGGGGGACGGCGGCGACGGGCACUCGGUGGCGGACGGCGAGGCGUACCGCUCCAGCGAGGAGGAGGACUCGGAGGGCGAGGACAAGAGCGACGGCGAGCUGGUGGUGCUCACGGACUGAGGGCGCCGGGCCGCGGCGGCAGGGCUGAGCCGGCAGCGGAGGGAGCGUCGCAGCCCCGGCGCGGCCGCCGGCCCACGUGUGCACGGGCACGCUCGCUCCCGCGGCACUGGGGCAGAGCUGGGUGCAGCCCGGGGCGCUGCGGGGGAGCUGGGGAGCGCCCCGGCUCGUGCACGCCUUUUGCAUCGGGAAAGGCGCGGGGAAGCGAUGCACGCUGGCAUCAGUCCCGUUCCCCGCGGGAACCUGGCAGCAGGGAUGCACCGAGGCAGUCGUGGCUGCUGGCCAAGGCAGGUUGUGCUGCAAGGGCUCAGCCUGGAGAGCCCCAGCACCCGCGGGCCCUCGCGGAGAGCCGGGAGCCUCGCCGCCCUCUCUGGCCCCGCACCCCGCUGCUUCUCCCACUCGUUCUGCAGAGCCUGCCAGCAAAUCCCCAUGGAGCCAAUUUUAGCUCUCGACUAGCCUGAGCACGAGCCAAGGGCUCCUCGGAGGCCUUCACGCUUCUGACAGCUCCGGCCACUUUGUAAAUAAAGCGGGUGUCUGGCUCCCCCCGCGCCAUUCCCUGCCCGGGCGCAAGCCUCCGGCGAGACGGGCGCGUGGCCGCAUCCAUCCCCGGGCAUCUCUCCCGCUCGCGCCCCAGCUCCGCAAGCCGCAGGCUCCACCCGUGACCUGCAUUGCAAAAACCACAGAGGAAGAGAAAAAUAGCAGCAAUUAAAAAAAAAAAGAAGAAGAAGAAGAAGAAAAAAAUGGAAAUCAUGAAAAAACAGCCACUACCUGGCUCCGCGCAGAGCCCGGCGCUGCAGGCGCGGGAGCGCGGCUGUGCAGCGGGCGGCUGUGCAGCAUCGCGGAGUCCGUGCACCGCCUUGUGGCACCAGCCAGACAGGCACGGCCGCGUGUUUGGGGUGUUGCAGCUGAGCCGCACGCUCAGACGGUGCAAACCGGGGGUAAAAGAGGGAAAAAAAGCAAAGCCCCCGGUUGGAGGGGAAAGGACAAACCCAGGCUGUGCCCCGCCGGCCGAGGGAGCGCGCUGCCUCCUCGCCCACCCGCCGACGGGCUCGUCGCUCUCCCGCUCCGUCAGUGCUUUAUUUAUUCCCCUCCCGUGCUGCUCCCGGUGCCGGCCGCGGUCCCAGGGGAGGGAUGCGGGACCGGGGGUGCCCGGGCACGGGACGAGCUGCGCUGCCACGGGGGCCAGACGCAGCUAACCCGCAACUCUUUUUUUUUUUUUUUUUUUUUUUAAGACUGUAAAUAUAGAUAGAGCUUUAUUUUGUUAAUAAGACGACGAGUAACUUAACCUGUAUAUUUCACAUACUUGUUUACAAUCGUCUCCCCUCCCGCCCCCUCGGCACAAUAAAGUGACUUUUUGGAGCAGA